AUGAACAAGAAAUACUGUAUCGCUAUAAUUGUAGUGAUUGUAGUCGCAGCAAUUAUAGGAACUGUGCUUGGAAUUCUUCUCACGAGUCCAUCAGCUGAUGAAAAUGAAGUGGCAAUUAGAGCUUUUACAAUAAAUCAUGAAACAAAUACAUUUGAAAUGGACGGAAAGCCUUUUCGCUAUGUAGCUGGUUCUUUCCAUUAUUUCCGUGCUUUGCCACAGACUUGGCGACAAAAAUUAAAAACUCUUAAAGCUGGUGGUUUAAAUGCUGUUGAUAUUUAUAUCCAAUGGUCACUUCACAAUCCAGAAGAUGGUGUUUAUCAUUGGGAUGGAAUUGCUAAUAUCCAACAGUUUGUAGAGAUCGCUGAAGAGGAAGGACUCUAUGUAAUCUUAAGACCUGGCCCAUAUAUCUGUGCUGAAAUCGAUAAUGGUGGAUUACCGUACUGGCUUGCUAGAAAAUAUCCAGGAAUUAAAGUACGAACGAAGGAUGAAAACUACUUAUUUGAAGUAGGAAAAUGGUACUCAAUGUUAAUGCCUAUUUUCGAGAAGCAUCUUUAUGGAAAUGGUGGAAAUAUUAUAAUGGUUCAAAUUGAAAAUGAAUAUGGAGCGUUUGGAGCUUGUGAUGAAGUCUACAAAGAAUUUUUACGUGACGAGACAUUUAGAUAUACAAAUGACAAAGCAAUACUAUUCACAACAGAUCGUCCCAUUGGCGAUGAAUUGAAAUGUGGUCAAGUUGAUGAUGUUUUUGUUACAACUGACUUUGGAUUGAGUAACUUUACAGAGGUUCAAAGUCAUUUUAGGAAACUUCGUGACAUUCAACCUACUGGUCCACUUGUAAAUACAGAAUUUUAUACAGGCUGGUUGACACAUUGGCAGGAACCAAAUGCAAGACGAGGAGCUGCUGAUCUCGCUAAAACACUUGACUAUAUGCUUUUAUUAGGUGCUAACGUAGAUUUUUACAUGUAUUUCGGAGGAACUAAUUUUGGAUUUUGGGCAGGUGCAAACGAUUGGGGUAUUGGAAGAUAUAUGGCUGAUAUUACAAGCUACGAUUAUGAUGCACCUAUGGAUGAAGCUGGAAAUCCCACAGCAAAAUAUAGAACUUUCCGUGAAAUAAUUCAAAAAUACAUUAAAGUUUCGGAUGAAUCUGAUAUUCCUGAGAAACAGAAAACAAUGUCACUUAGAGCUUUGACAUUAGAACCUAUAAACUCAAUUCUAUCAAGUGAAGGUCGUAGUACUUUGGGAAGCAGACAAACAAAAUCCAGCACACUUUUAACUUUUGAGCAAAUGAGACAAUUUUCAGGAUUUAUUCUUUAUGAAACCGAAUUACCUAAAUUUACAAGAGAUCCAUCAAACCUAGUCAUUACAGAUUUAAGAGAUCGUGCAUUAAUUUAUGUCGAUGGAGAAUUUGUAGGAGCAAUGUCACGUGAAAACUAUAUCAGUACCCUCCCAAUUAGUGCAAACUUUGGCUCAAGAUUAUCAAUUUUAGUCGAAAAUCAAGGUCGAAUUAAUUUCCAAAUAGCUGAUGAUUAUAAAGGCAUUCGUGAUCGAGUUAGAGUUCAAAGUUUUCACAAUUCACAGCAAUCUUAUACAACAUUAACUGAUUGGAUAAUUACAGGAUAUCCAUUUGAUAACUAUGCUGAUUUAGAAGCAUUAUUAAAGAGCUCCAAAGAAGAUUAUAGAAUUGAUGCUAGUGGAAAUGCACUUGACGGUCCAAUUGUUUUCUAUACAGAAUUUAAUAUUGACGAAGACGAGGAAAUAGCAGAUACAUAUUGGGACACAACUGAUUGGGAUAAAGGAUUCAUUUUUGUCAAUGGCUUCAAUUUAGGACGUUACUGGUCUGUUGGUCCACAGAUUACAAUGUACAUUCCAAAAGACAUCCUCAAGUAUGGAAAAAAUGAAAUUUAUGUAGUCGAACUGCAAAAAGCACCUUUAAAUUUUAAAAUGAACUUCCUUAAUGGACCAAUUUUCAUUAACGACGAGGCAGUUUGA